AUGGACGCAAAUAUCGACGAAAAACCAUACGCCUGUGACUUGUGUGGACGUAGAUACAAGAAUCCACCUGGAUUAAAAUAUCAUUAUAUUCAUGCGCAUAAUAUUCAGAAUCUGUCCAAAAUCAAGAUUACUCGCGAAUCCGGACGGCCGCCAAAGAUAGCAAAGAUCAUGUCAUCUGUCUCUACUAGUGUAGAAUCAAAUCGCUACUGUGACUUUUGUCUUGGUGACGUUAACCUAAAUAAAAAGACUGGACAAUCAGAACGUUUGAUUUCUUGUGCCGAUUGUGGCAGAUCAGGUCAUCCAUCUUGUUUAAAAUUUACUCCUUCUCUAACUGAUACCGUUUUGAUGUACGCGUGGCAGUGCAUUGAGUGUAAAUCAUGCAGUAUCUGUGGUACUUCUGAUAAUGAUGAUAAGCUUCUAUUCUGUGAUGACUGUGAUAGAGGUUAUCAUAUGUAUUGUCUUAGUCCACCUAUUGAUCAUCCACCUGAAGGUAUUGACUAUUAA